AUGAAUCCAUCCCAGAAGGAGGGAGAAGAUGGGGAUGACCUCACCCUGCAGAUAACGAGGACCCAGACCGCAUCAAGUGUGGUCACCAAUGAGCAACGUCGUGCCCUCACCAACAUCGCAUCCGAGUUACAUAACGAAUCCCUUGCGGCCGUUAUCACCAACGAGAAGGCGCUGGAUCCAGACAGUCCUCAGUUUGAUCCAUACAAAUGGGCCAAGGUUACAAUUCGGGCCUUGGACGCGGAGGAUAUCGAUGCACGCCAGCAAGGCAUUUUGUUCGAGAACCUGAGUGUCCAUGGGUCGGGAUCUUCCGUUCACCUUCAACAGACUGUCCUUUCCACUCUUGCUGCUCCGGUAAACCUGGUGACAUCAGCCUUUCGUAAAAAGAAAAGCAAUCGUCGGACGAUUCUACACAACCAUGAUGGACUGUUGGAGAGUGGGGAGCUUUUGCUUGUUUUGGGUCGACCUGGCAGUGGAUGCUCUACUUUCUUGAAGACCAUCAGUGGGCAUCUGAACGGUCUGGACCUAGACCCUCAAAGCAAUGUCCAAUACAAAGGCAUCGCCUUUCCCCAGAUGAUCAAGGAAUACCGAGGCGAGAUCCUGUACAACCAAGAAGUCGACAAGCACUUUCCACACCUGACUGUGGGCGAGACGCUCGAGUUUGCUGCCCACGCACGUGCACCCCAGAACCGGAUCGGAGGCAUGAGUCGAGCUGAAUAUGUCAAAACUAGAGUGCAGGUAAUCAUGGCAUUUUUCGGGCUUUCCCAUACGUAUAAUACUAAGGUGGGAAAUGACUUUAUUCGUGGUGUCAGUGGCGGUGAGCGAAAGCGAGUGAGUAUUGCUGAGAUGGCUUUAUCGCAUGCUCCUAUCGGUGCCUGGGACAACAGUACACGGGGCCUCGAUGCUGCAAUGGCCCUGGAAUUCGUCCAAGCUCUUCGUCUUUCUUCUGAUCUUGUCGGUUCUGUCCAUGCUGUUGCCGCAUACCAAACAUCGGAGUCCAUGUACGGGCUGUUUGAUCAGGUUGUGGUGUUGUAUGAAGGGAGACAAAUCUACUACGGCCCGAUCGAACAGGCAGGCCGGUACUUUGAAGAGAUGGGCUGGGAACGACCCCUCAAACAAAUUACGCCUGACUUCUUAACGUCUGUCACAAAUCCUCGUGAAAGAGUGGCUCGGCGGGAGAUGGCAGACAAAGUCCCACGGACACCAGCAGAAUUCGAGGCUUACUGGAAGAAGAGCCCUGAGUACCAAGCCCUGCGGGUUAAGAUGCAGGGUUACAAAGCAAAGUAUACUCCGGACGCUCAAUGGGAGAACAGGUUCGGCACUAGCAAGCAGGCGCAGCAAGCGAACCAUGUGCGCCCCAAGAGCCCUUAUCUCCUCUCGAUUCCCAUGCAAAUUUCGCUAUGUCUUCGCCGGGCGUAUCAGAGGACCCGCAAUGACCUGCCUACCACUUUGAUCACCGUGUUUGUCCAGGUUGCGCUCGCAUUAAUCAUUGGAUCCAUCUUCUACAACACACCAAACGCCACCGCUGGAUUUUUUCAGAAGGGAGCAACGCUAUACUUUUCAGUCCUUAUGAAUGCUUUGAUUACUAUCAACGAGAUCAUGUCACUAUAUGCCCAACGCCCUAUUGUCGAAAAGCAGGCUGGGUACGCGUUCGUGCAUCCUUUCGCUGAAGCGCUGGCGUCGAUCAUCCUGGAUCUUCCGAUUAAGGUCUUCAGAUGUAUCUGCUUUAGCAUCAUCCUCUACUUCAUGUCUAAUCUGCGGCGAGAGCCAUCCCAAUUCUUCAUAUACAUCCUGUUUCUGAUUACAACUAUUGUCACGAUGUCCGGUAUCUUCCGAAGCCUCGGUGCCCUAACGAAAAGCAUUGGCCAGGCUAUGGCAUUGGCAGGAAUCUCAGUCAUCUGUAUGGUUGUGUAUACAGGCUUUACCCUGCCUCAGCCGUAUAUGCAUCCAUGGUUCAGCUGGAUCAGGUGGAUCAAUCCCAUCUUUUACUCAUUCGAAGCCCUGGUCGCAAACGAGUUUCAUGGUCGGAAUUUCGAAUGCUCGGAGUUCAUUCCCAACUACGCCACUCUUGGCGGAGACUCCUUUAUCUGCUCUGCGGUUGGCGCAGUGGCAGGAGCACGAACUGUAUCUGGAGACGAGUUCAUUUCUCUCAACUACGAGUACACAUACAAACAUCUGUGGAGAAACUAUGGAAUUUUGAUUGCUUUCCUGGUAUUCUUCAACGCACUGUAUUUGACAGUCACUGAGCUCUCUCCCGGUGCAAAACAAACGGCUGAAGCACUGGUCUUCCGUCCUGGACAUGUGCCCGCCCAUAUGCAAAACGACGAAGAAGCUGGAGCCGAACCCGGACAGAUGACCUCUGAGGGAACGGGAGAGUCCGGCCUCGGGGCGGCAGAAAUUCCGCAGCAGAAGGAGAUCUUCACCUGGAAAAGCCUAUGCUACGAUAUUCCAGUCAAGGAAGGGACACGGCGGCUGCUUGAUGAUGUUAGUGGUUACGUCAAGCCAGGAACCCUGACAGCUCUCAUGGGCGUUAGUGGAGCUGGAAAAACCACUCUAUUGGAUACCCUCGCACAGAGAGCCUCACUCGGAGUCAUCACUGGCGAGUUGUUCGUCAAUGGCAGAGAGCUAAACGCGAGUUUCCCUCGCAAAGUGGGCUAUGUUCAACAACAGGAUAUGCACUUGGCGCAGUCAACAGUCCGUGAGGCACUUCGCUUCAGCGCUGUUCUACGCCAGCCAAAGUCCGUUCCGCUGCAAGAGAAAUAUGACUAUGUGGAAGAGGUGAUCAAAAUGCUUGACAUGGAAGACUUCGCCGAGGCCGUUGUCGGAAAUCCUGGCAAUGGUCUGAACGUGUGCCAGAGAAAGCUUUUGAGUAUCGGUGUCGAGUUGGCUGCCAAGCCAGAGCUCCUGAUCUUCUUGGAUGAGCCUACUAGUGGUCUCGACUCCCAGAGUGCAUGGGCUAUUUGUACCUUUAUGAGGAAGCUCGCACACCACGGACAAGCUGUGUUGGCCACCAUUCAUCAACCUAGUGCUCUGCUCUUUGAGCAUUUCGAUCGACUGCUGUUCCUGGCCAAGGGUGGUAAAACCGUGUACUUUGGUGACAUUGGUCAGCAAUCGCAGACCUUGUUGGAUUAUUUCCAAAGCAACGGCGCCCGACGUUGCGAAACCACCGAGAAUCCCGCUGAAUACAUGUUGGACAUUAUCGGAGCUGGUGCAUCUGGAAAGUCGACUAUCGACUGGGUCCAAACCUGGAAUGACAGCCCCCAGCGCCAAGAGCUCUAUGCUGAACUGGAUCGUAUCUGCCAGCAGGGCGCAUCGGUCCAGCCUCGGGAGGAAAGCAACACGGAGUUUGCCAUGCCUCUUCACAGCCAAUUCUACUAUGUGACCCUUCGAGUCUUCCAGCAGUAUUACCGACAGCCUGAAUAUGUCCUGGCCAAAUUCGUGCUCGGUAUCGUGUCCGGUCUUUUCAUUGGCUUUUCAUUCUGGCAGUCCAACGACUCUCAACAAGGCUUUCAAAAUGUUCUUUUCAGCUUGUUCUUGCUGUGUACUAUCUUCACCACGUUGGUUAAUCAAAUCAUGCCCCACUUCGUCGCGAACCGUGCCCUAUACGAAGUCCGGGAACGCCCAUCGAAAGUCUACUCCUGGAAAAUCUUCAUCAUCGCCCAAUUCCUCGCCGAAAUCCCAUGGCACAUCCUCCUCGCCAUCUGCGCCUGGGCCUCCUUCUACUUUGCCGUCUUCGGAGCCGACCAGACCUCCGACCGCAUGGGUCUCAUCCUCCUGUUCGUCAUCCAAUUCUACAUCUUCGCCUCCAGUUUCGCCCAAUUCAUCAUCAGCGCCCUCCCCGAUCCCGCCCUCGGCGGCAUGCUCGCCGUCUUCAUGUUCGGUCUCUCCCUCAUCUUCAACGGCGUCAUGCAACCCCCCUCCGCCCUCCCGGGUUUCUGGAUCUUCAUGUGGCGCGUCUCCCCGCUCUCCUACUACAUCGGCGGAAUCGCCAGUACGGCCCUCCAUGGCCGUCCGAUCAUCUGCUCCAACAGCGAACUCAGCGUCUUCAAUCCCCCCUCUGGCGAAACCUGCGGUCAAUACCUCGCUACCUACCUCACCACCGCAGCGGGUAAAUUGAACAACCCCAACGCGACGGAAGGCUGCGAGUAUUGUUCUCUUCGCUCCGCGGAUCAGUAUCUCGCUGGCAGGGAGAUUUCUUGGGAUGAUCGCUGGAGGAAUUAUGGCAUCUUCUGGGCUUAUUUCGUGUUUAAUAUCUGUGCCGCCAUUGUGUUUUAUUAUAUCUUUAGGGUCAGGCCGUAUAACAAGAAGACGAAGGCGAAGAGGGCUUAG